CUUGGCCAUCAUAUCGAAUCAAAUUCUGUUAAAUCGACCUUCAUUACCCAUUCAACCAUCGUAAUCGACACGCAUUCAAUCCGGUAAUCCCAAUGUAUCAUCUUGUAAAAGGUCUUCAUGACUAUCUAACAAGAAAAGAUGAAUACUCAGUAGUCAUCAUUGGCCUGGACAAUGCAGGAAAAACAACGUUGCUUGAGAGGAUCAAGACGAUGUAUAAUCCUACGCCGGGUAUGGCGCCAGACAAGAUUGGUCCGACCAUUGGGCAAAACAUUGGAAAGAUCUCCCUCCCCUCAACAACGCUUCUUUUCUAUGAUCUAGGAGGACAGCGAGAUAUCAGAACCAUCUGGGAGAAGUAUUACGACGAAUGUCAUGCAGUUGUCUUCGUGCUGGAUGCGACAGACCAAGCGAGACUGUCAGAGACUUGGGAGGUGUUUGAUGAGGUUCUGAAUUCCCCUAGAUUACUGAACCUGCCUCUGCUUUUACUUGCCAACAAGCAAGAUAGUCCGUCAUGUUUAUCUGUGGCUGAGAUCCGAGAAUCAUUUGAUGCCUGGCAGAGAGCGAGGACGAACCGUAACCAAGAUGGCAACAAAGAUGAUCUCAAGGAGCCCGGGAAAGGGAAGGCGCCUCUGAAAGAAGCCGAUGAGCCGCGCGAGACGGAUGCUUCUCGGACAGAAGGCCAGGGUUGGGACGAUGGAGGGGCAAAGGAGGAGAGAAUGGCAAGUCUUGAUGUCAUGGGCGUUUCCGCUCUAGAAGGCACCGGUGUGAGCGAUGCCAUCAAUUGGCUGUACAUUCGCGUUCAAAAUGCGCGCAAGAUUGAGCCUCGAGAAUGAGAGGGUGAAUACAUUUUCAUGUUUUUGUACUACUACCACAGCCUUCAUAUAGUGGCACCUACUGUACUACCUCGAAAGCCUACACAUAGUAACUCAGCAUUUAACGGGACCACGUUCUUCAACGUCUAACGUAGGAACGGACAGGUGUAAAUAGAAAGCAUCCUGUCGGAUUAUAUGAUAUAAAUCACUUCCCAC